AUGCUGCACACUCUUCUAUUCCUAUCAAACCUCCUCCAUCCUCUUUUCGAGUUCUCUUCUAUCUAUCUAUCUAUCUAUCUAUCUAUCUAUCUAUCUAUCUAUCUAUCUUUGUUCAUAUCUAUCUAUCUAUCUAUCUAUCUAUCUAUCUAUCUAUCUUGUACAUAUCUAUGUUCAUAUCUAUGUAUCUAUUUAUCUAUCUUUGUUCAUAUCUAUCUAUCUAUCUAUCUAUCUAUCUAUCUAUCUAUCUAUCUAUCUAUCUUUGUUCAUAUCUAUCUAUCUAUCUAUCUUUGUUCAUAUCUAUCUAUCUAUCUAUCUAUCUAUCUAUCUAUCUAUCUAUCUAUGUUCAUAUCUAUCUAUCUAUCUAUCUAUCUAUCUUUGUUCAUAUCUAUCUAUCUAUCUAUCUAUCUUUGUUCAUAUCUAUCUAUCUUUGUUCAUAUCUAUGUUCAUAUCUAUCUAUUUAUUUUGUUCAUAUCUAUGUUCAUAUCUAUCUAUCUAUCUAUCUAUCUAUCUAUCUAUCUAUCUAUCUAUCUAUUUUUGUUCAUAUCUAUCUAUCUAUCUAUCUAUCUAUCUAUCUAUCUAUCUAUCUAUUUGGCUUCAUAUAAAGAAAGUAAAUUUCAACAUCUCUUUCAACAUCUCUCUCAAUCUUUUUAUUUAUUUUUUCUUUCUUUCUUUCUUUCUUUCUUUCUUUCUUUCUUUCUUUCUUUCUUAAUCUAUUCAUAUCUAUCUAUUUCUUUAUCUAUCUAUCUAUCUAUCUAUCUAUCUAUCUAUCUAUCUAUUUUUGUUCAUAGAUAUCUAUGUAUCUAUCAAUCUUUGUCCAUAUCUAUCUAUCUAUCUAUCUAUCUAUCUAUCUAUCUAUCUAUCUAUCUAUCUAUCUAUCUACUUUUGUUCAUAUAUAUCUAUGUAUCUAUCAAUCUUUGUCCAUAUCUAUCUAUCUAUCUAUCUAUCUAUCUAUCUAUCUAUCUAUUUAUCUAUCUAUCUAUCUAUCUAUGUUUUCCUAUCUAUCUAUCUAUCUAUCUAUCUAUCUAUCUAUCUAUCUAUCUAUCUACUUUUUGUUCUUAUAUAUCUAUGUAUCUAUCAAUCUUUGUCCAUAUCUAUCUAUCUAUUCAUCUAUCUAUCUAUCUAUCUAUCUAUCUAUCUAUCUAUCAAUGUUUUCCUAUCUAUCUAUCUAUCUAUCUAUCUAUCUAUCUAUCUUUAUAUAUAUAUAUAUAUAUAUAUAUAUAUCAGUCUAUUCAUAUCUAUCUAUCUACAUAUUUUCCUAUAUAUCAUUGA